GGCGCUGGGGACCGGCUCGGUGGCUUCGGCAAACAGUUUGGCGCCGGCGGCCGCCUGCCUCACUCCACAGCCCGCCCUCGACACGGCUCGCAGCCUCCUCGCCGCCGGCAUCCCGCAAUGUGGUCCACCGUGCGGGUGUAGCAUCUGCGCGUGCGCGGAACCGCGGGGCCAUGAGCGAAGCCGGCGGCGGUCGGGGCUGUGGGUGCCGGGUCCCCCAGCGAGCGCCAUGGAGCCUGGUGGCAGCGACGGCCGCUCUCUGCCUGGUGUUGGCCACGUCCGUGUGCACGGCGAGGGCCGCGCCCAUGAGUAGGGAAGAGAAGCAGAAGCUUGGAAAUCAAGUCCUGGAAAUGUUUGAUCAUGCAUAUGGCAACUAUAUGGAACAUGCUUACCCAGCCGAUGAACUCAUGCCUUUAACCUGUAGAGGCCGUGUCAGAGGCCAGGAGCCAAGCCGGGGUGAUGUAGAUGAUGCCUUGGGAAAGUUUUCCCUAACACUGAUCGAUUCUUUGGAUACUCUUGUGGUAUUAAACAAAACUAAGGAAUUUGAAGAUGCAGUGAGAAAAGUUUUAAGAGAUGUCAACUUAGAUAAUGAUGUAGUUGUGUCAGUCUUUGAAACAAACAUCAGAGUUCUAGGGGGUCUUUUAGGUGGACACUCACUGGCGAUCAUGCUGAAAGAAAAAGGCGAGUACAUGCAGUGGUAUAAUGAUGAACUUCUCCAAAUGGCAAAGCAGCUGGGCUACAAACUCUUACCUGCUUUCAACACUACCAGCGGCCUUCCUUAUCCCCGAAUUAAUUUAAAGUUUGGCAUCAGAAAGCCAGAAGCCCGGACGGGAACUGAGACAGACACCUGUACAGCCUGUGCGGGGACCUUGAUCCUAGAGUUUGCUGCAUUGAGUCGUUUCACAGGAGCAACAAUAUUUGAGGAAUAUGCAAGAAAAGCUCUUGAUUUUCUCUGGGAAAAAAGACAACGGAGUAGCAAUUUAGUAGGCGUGACUAUCAAUAUUCACACUGGAGACUGGGUGCGCAAAGAUAGUGGAGUUGGAGCAGGCAUUGAUUCAUAUUAUGAGUAUCUGUUGAAAGCCUAUGUCUUGCUUGGAGAUGACAGUUUUCUGGAAAGAUUUAAUACUCAUUAUGAUGCCAUAAUGAGGUAUAUUAGCCAGCCGCCUCUCCUACUUGAUGUACAUAUUCAUAAACCAAUGCUGAAUGCUCGGACCUGGAUGGAUUCAUUGCUUGCCUUUUUUCCAGGUUUGCAGGUUUUAAAGGGCGACAUUAGACCUGCUAUUGAAACUCAUGAAAUGUUAUACCAGGUGAUUAAAAAACACAAUUUUCUACCAGAGGCAUUUACUACAGAUUUUAGGGUCCACUGGGCUCAGCAUCCUCUAAGGCCAGAGUUUGCAGAAAGUACCUACUUCUUAUAUAAAGCUACAGGAGAUCCUUACUACCUUGAAGUAGGAAAAACACUUAUUGAAAAUUUGAAUAAGUAUGCUCGAGUGCCUUGUGGAUUUGCUGCCAUGAAGGAUGUUCGCACUGGGAGUCACGAGGACAGAAUGGAUUCGUUCUUCUUGGCUGAGAUGUUUAAAUAUCUAUACCUGUUAUUUGCUGAUAAAGAAGACAUUAUUUUUGACAUAGAGGAUUACAUCUUCACCACAGAAGCCCAUCUGCUACCCCUUUGGCUCUCUACCACAAACCGCAAUAUCUCUAAGAAGAACACAACCUCAGAAUACACAGAACUGGAUGAUAGUAAUUUUGACUGGACUUGUCCAAACACGCAGAUUCUUUUUCCUAAUGAUCCAUUGUAUGCUCAAAGCAUCCGUGAACCCUUGAAAAAUGUGGUGGAUAAGAGCUGUCCAAGAGGCAUCAUCAGAGUAGAGGAGAGUUUCAGAAGUGGAGCUAACCCUCCUCUGAGAGCCAGAGAUUUUAUGGCCACUAACCCUGAACAUUUAGAAAUCCUGAAGAAGAUGGGGGUGAGUUUGAUUCACCUCAAAGAUGGGCGAGUCCAGCUGGUCCAACAUGCAAUCCAAGCUGCUAGUUCAAUUGAUGCUGAAGAUGGGCUGCGGUUCAUGCAGGAGAUGAUUGAACUGUCAAGUCAGCAACAGAAAGAGCAGCAGCUACCUCCACGAGCUGUACAAAUUAUUUCUCACCCGUUUUUUGGCAGGGUAGUCUUAACUGCUGGACCAGCUCAGUUUGGGCUGGAUCUAUCUAAACAUAAAGAGACAAGAGGAUUUGUUGCAAGCAGUAAACCGUAUAACGGUUGUUCAGAACUCACUAACCCCGAGGCUGUGAUGGGGAAAAUUGCCUUGAUACAAAGAGGACAGUGCAUGUUUGCAGAAAAGGCACGCAACAUCCAGAAUGCUGGCGCCAUCGGCGGCAUCGUCAUUGAUGACAACGAGGGGAGCAGCAGUGACACUGCCCCUCUGUUCCAGAUGGCAGGUGAUGGGAAAGACACGGACGACAUAAAGAUCCCCAUGCUGUUCCUGUUCAGCAAAGAAGGAAGCAUCAUCCUGGAUGCCAUCCGCGAGCACGAGGAGGUGGAGGUGCUGCUUUCUGACAAAGCAAGGGACCGAGCAGCAAUAUUAAAAGGUAAAAUGAUUCCAAGCUACAUUAUUAACAGUAAUCCUGAAAUGGAAAAUGAAGACCAGCCAUCUUCUGAAAAUGAUUCUCAGAACCAGAGUGCGGAACAGCUGCUGCCGCUUUCUCAAACAGUUGACUUGGUUGAUCAGGAGACCCCUGAAAACCCUUUAGAGUCCCACUCAGAGCCAUCAUCUCCAGCAGACAUGGAAGAAGCUGCUGGCUUUGCCCCUUCUGAACAGAAAUCUAGUUCCACAGAAAGCCUUGAGACUCCAAGCCUUGAUGGUGAAUGUACAGAAUUAGAUAACCAACUUCAAGAACAAUCAGAAACUGAGGAAGAUUCGAAUCCUAAUGUUAGCUGGGGUAAAAAGGUCCAGCCUAUAGACUCCAUAUUAGCAGACUGGAAUGAAGAUAUAGAAGCAUUUGAAAUGAUGGAGAAGGAUGAACUCUGACUCUCUGUAGACUCUAGUGGUAGAUAUUUCAAACGAAGACGUAAACUGUGGUUUUCGAUGCCCUCUACCAAGCAGGCGCUCCUGCGAGGCUCUGAGCAGUGCUCAAGCCCGUUCUGACUGGGUAAGUACUUUCUGUAGCAAUCUGGAGCAUGAGUUAGAGCUGACCUCACCGAAACUGUUCCAUCCAAGUGGAAACUCAACCCCUCAAAUGAAGCUAUUGCAUACCCUGAAGCUCCCAGGCCAGGAUGACUGGCCAUUCCUGGGUAGAUGAGAAACAAAUUCAGCUAAUAGGGAAUGGGAACAAGAGUCAGUGCAGCUUCCUAAUUGAAGGGAGCACCACUGCCUUGGGCUUGGGUCUGAAGCCCUUCUGAGAAGAUCUGAAUGAGCGUUGUGGUAUUCUGUCCUUGCUGCCUUCACAGGAACACUUUAAGUGACCUACAGCUUAUGAAGCAGAUACAACUGCUUUCACCUGCUUCAUUCAGCAACAAAUGGUCAAGAUGACUUGAUUUCUUUUUCUCUCCCAACAAUGUCCUUGCAUUUAAACCAAAGGUGAAGCCAGUGUACUUUUUCCUGUGAGUUUUCCUAUAAAGACCUAUUUUGGGGGCAGGAAGAGAGUCACAUAGAUAUAAUGGAAACUGGUUGCUUGAUACUCGGGGUAAAUAGAGAGAAAGAGAAACUAUAAUGUUGCAAUAUCAACUUCCCAUUGGGCCAUAGGGGACUACUCUAAAUGGAGAUCAGCAUUAGAUCCUUGUGGGGUAGAUUAUGUCUUUUCCAGUUCAUUUCUCUUAAGGUGGUUACUCUAGCCAUCAGCCUUACUCCAUCUCAUGUUCGGUAUCCAGUCUGAGCCAGAAGGCUCAUCCCAAGCCCUGUUCCAUUUCCCUAUCUUAUGGAGCCAAGAUGAACCAUGGUAGUGUCUGUAAUCCGGGGUGACUGCCAUCUUUCUCCUUUGAAGCUGGUUUCUACAUCACACCCAAGGAGUCUGUCACGUUUUCUGUUGAAUCAUGGAUUUAAGUUUGUUUAAUUUUCUUUUAACAAGUACUCCUUCUGAUGUGGACUUGAAAAUUAGCCUCUGGUGACCUGUGAAAAAAAAAACAAAAAACUAUAUAGCCAUAUAAGUAAAAGAAAAGAUUUCCUUCCUUCCUUCCUUUCUUUCUUUCUUCUCUCUCUCUCUCUCUCUCUCUCUCUCUCUCUCUCUCUCUCUCUCUCUCUCUCUCUCUCUCUCUCUCUCUCUGUCUCUGUCUCUCUCUCUCUCUCUCUCUCUGGUGGCAGUUUGGACUGGCCACAUUUAAUUAUUUUUGGUUUUGCUUAUUGAUAGUACUCCAUUGAAAUCAUGGUUUUAUUCAUUUAUUUAUUUUUAAACUUAUUUUAAUUACUUCCAAAGGAAUUUUUGAGAAACUUAAUUCCUUUUUACCAUGGCAUUAUACAAUAACCUUUUUCUAAAACAUGGUUUUGAGGUACUGAAUAACUUAGACUAUAUAUGGAGCUGUUAAAGACAGCAGUGCUGUAUUGUAGUUGUGUAUAUUCAUGUACAGUAUGUAUUAGGUCCUAGGUAAACAUGCCCUUGUGUAAGGAGAUAAAUACCUGCUUUCAAAAAAAUCCCAGCUAAACAUAAUUGGGUCAGUAAGUAAUAAAUCUUAGAAUUCACUAGGGGAUGGGGUAGUACAACAAGUUCUUUAUUGGCUUGUAGUUUAAACCUGACACCAAAAUGGGUAUUUUUAGUCCCUCUGCAUGUGAAGUUUGGUGCAAGAUAGAACCAUAAUACACAGCGUAUACAGAAGGGUAGAUGUGCUUUGUUCAUCUUAAUUGCAAAGCUGCCAAAAUAGCUGAAGCUUAGAUUUCUAGGACUGGGGCUUGGAGAAAAGGAACAGAUGCUCCUUCGAGAUUUUGAUUACAGAAGUCUUAUAUAUGUAUUGAUUUUGUAUUAUAGCACAAGGCCAUUGCUGUCUAGGUCUAACUGUUUUAAGUUAUCAAGUUAGCAGCAUAAUUUUUUCCUCUUAACAUCAUGAAGGAUCACAUGACACACUAGGAAAGGCCAGUUUACUGCCACUUGCUGUUCCUCUGGCCACUAGGAGGCGCGGUUGCCCUUCAUUAAGGUUUAGAUGACCCUAUUGAAAACCAAAUCCUUGAAAGAAAUAAAUUUAAGAUGUUUUACUUAAUAUCUAGAAGGAAUAAUACUCGGUUUUUCCCUACUUAAGAAAGGAGGUAUAAUACUGUUCAGCUUCAAAACACAGCAUUCUAACUGAUUCUACAUUCAUUUUCUUAUUUGACAUACUGCCACAAAAUAGUCUUUGAGUUCAUUAGAAAAUUUUAACAGCAUAGAUUUUUUUUUAAAAAAAAUGUUUUUGGUUGUUGUUUGUUAAAACUUUUCACAGAUAUUUUAUUUACUUGCUGAAGAUUCAGGGAAUUCUGAGACCCUGAGUUUAGAAACAUCUGGUCUACCUCAGUUAAAUGUUGACUGCUUAGAAAUAGAGCUGAAAUGAUCACCACAGCCAUAAAAUUGUUUGACUAAGAAAGAUUUAUAUAAUGUUUACAAACCUGGAAUCAAGUGUGGAUCUUACCUGAAAGUUAAGAGUUACCUGUUAGAGCAAGUAUUUAAUUCAGGUAUUUUCAAGUUUUAAAACUUGUUUAUCUAGUAAAAUUAGGGAUAGCUUUUUUUUCUCACAUUAAAAAGUCCAUUGAAAUUAUAUUCCCUAAUUUGCAAUGUUUUCUCCAUAAAAUUUAAGUGUGAAAGAACUAUAGUUUACUAGAUGUGUUUGGGGUGGGAUGUUUUGUUAGGCUUUCUUUUUUCUCUUUAACCUAUGUAAUAAGCUUCCAAAAAGAGUGUAAUUGUUUCAGAACAAAUUAUUUUGUAAUUUUCCUUUUUCUUUACAGUGUUAGAUAUUUUAAAAUGAAAAAUUAUGCAUUAUCUGACUUUAAUUUAACUAAUGUAAUAAUUUUCUCGGGAAUUCCUAAGUUUCAAAUUACCAUCCUCUAAACUUUUCUUAUAGCAAAGCCAGCGUUUGUCCUCUCACCAAACCCCAUGCAGAUUCAUCGUAAGGAAAGCUCAGCCUACGUAGUUCAAAUAGUGCUCAUAAUUUUAGAGGGGUGGGUAGCAUUCAGUAAAUAUUCCAACUGGUUGUUUUAUGCACAAGGCUACAGUCAGAACAUAGGAAAAAAAACAUUCUGUGAAUGAAACAUUGUAUGUUCAGAUUUUAUAAAAGACAUUUUUAAAAGCCCAAUUUACAGCCGUAUAUUUUCUUAUGAUGUAAUUUAUGAAAAAGCCGUCUGUACUAACAGGUGCUGUAACACUACUGUUGUUGGGUUUUAUCGUUUGGUGAUAAAUGUAUACAAUAUUUCUAAUGGAAACUAUGUACUGUGAUGUAAAAGUCUGGGCAAAAAUGUAUAUAAUCCUUGUAUAUAAUUGUGUAUUUGAUUAUAUUACUGAUUGUAAAUUUAAUAAAACAUGUAAAUAUUCUGGUCUAGUUUUAAAUUUUGAAUUUUUAAAAUCAUUGUGCAAAUAUCUAGUAAAAUUUCUCUUUACUGCAGGGCAGUGAAUUUGGGGGCAUUUUGGGGUGUAGAAACCCAGGCAAACAUCAGUUCUAAAACUCAUAGUGCCUAGUUCAAACUAAAUAAAUACUAAUAAUUCUGUGUCA